AUGAAUAACCGUUCAACGGUUAUGGAAACCUUUAUAACCGUCAAAACGUGUCUAUAUAACGUCUGUCUCAUGUCUCUGUUUACGCUUUGUGACCAGAGUUUCAAAGGAAAAUUCUCAAUCUUCCUAUUGAUCAUGACAGACAAAAUUCACAAGAAAAUGCAAGAGAUUUCUUUUGGCGUUAAUGAUGGUAUCGUUCACCUCCCUUUGGAUCUCAUCGAAGAAGCGUCUGCUGAAAAUCAAUUCUCUUUGGUUGCAAAACAAGUUAAUCUCCGUCGUCAGAAUCUUCGUGCUCUUAUGACUGCAUUCCCAAGACUUUGGGGUGUUAGUGAUGAAGUCGUGGGGCGCUUAAUUGAACACCACAGGGUUCAAUUCAUAUUCCAAACUGAAGAUUCGAUGCUCUCUGUCCUAAGGCGAGGUCCAUGGUCUUUUAAUGAAUGGAUGUGUGUUAUUCAACGCUGGAGUCCAGAACACAUGGAGGAUGAUCUCCAAGACAUUGCAUUUUGGGUUCAAGUUCGUGGUAUCCCAUGUCAAUAUCUUUCUGGGAGAAUGGUCUCUCACAUUGGUCGUGUUAUGUUUCGAUUCAUUGAAACUGAUUUCAAUAAUGAGGGCUCAUCUAACCUUGAUUAUGUGCGGAUCAGGAUACUCGUUUCUACUGCAACUCCUCUGCGUUUUCAACGUCAAUUUCAGUUUGGUAGUCAAACUGUUACUCUCCGGUUUCGAUAUGAAAAGCUACGAGGUUUCUGUAACCAGUGUGGACUAAUGACCCACAGCACUUCAGAGUGUCCAACAGAGGAAGAUAACAACCCACAUCAUGGUCCUGAAGAUGAUGAUGACGAUGCAGAUGAUGAUGAUCCUCCUCCAGGGUUCCCCGAGAAGGAUCACAACGAACCGACGUUUCCACAUGUGCAAGAGACGCAACACAAUCAUGACACCAGUUCAGCAUCUGCAUCAAAAAAAAGGAAAACAGAGGAACCUUCCUCUGCUACUGCAACGCGAGUUUCAUGUAACACUGCUCGCCAGGCUUUCUACGUUGAAGAUUAUGAAGAACACACAGCUAGGAGGGAGCGAAUACAAGCAGAUUACAGAGAAGCGGGGAGCUGGGUCUCUCAACCAGAUAUGUUUGCAGCAAGCUCUUCAAACCCGGAUCCUUUAUCCGGUCACCAACAUCGAGAAGGCACGGUGGGCCAGAAUCCACCAGAGAAAGAAUGA